GUGAAAUGUUGCCAGAAAUGGCGACAAAUUAUCACGGAGGCGGCUCUCAAAGCCCAACAUCGCUCUCUAAGCCUAUAGAACGUGUUUUUGAGGAUGCCCAACAUACUGGCGAAAUAAAUUUGAGUUGUAGGAAGCUGCGGGAAUAUCCAAAACUCGCCGCGAAAUAUGAUUUGAUUGAUACAAUUUCAGCAGAUGUCUCUAAAAACCGUGUGUCUGAGGUACCAAAAGAAGUUUGUGCUUACAUAUCAAUGGAAAAACUGGACUGCUACCACAAUGUGAUAAAGUCUAUACCAGAAGCCAUAGUACAGUUACAGGCAUUAACUUAUCUAAAUCUAAGUCGGAAUCAGCUGUCAAUUAUACCGUCCUUCAUUAGUCAGCUACAGGCAUUAGAAGUAUUGAUAGCGAGUCACAACCGUCUAGUCUCACUGCCAGAGGAGAUAGGAGUACUCGAUAAACUUAUGGAACUUGAUGUCAGUUGCAAUGAAAUCUCACACCUUCCUUUACAAAUUGGCGAUCUCAAGUCACUGAAAUCCCUGAAUGUUAGACGCAAUUUUUUACAAGAACUCCCAGUUGAAAUCAGCAAAUUGAACCUUAGAAAAUUGGAUAUAUCAUCCAACAGAGUCUCCAAAAUUCCAACAGUAUUCAGGCGGAUAGAAACUUUAGAAGAUAUCAUACUAGACAAUAACCCAUUAACCACGCCUCCUGCUCAUGUAUGUACGAAAGGGAAGCAACAUAUCAUGAAGUAUUUACACAUCAUUGCUAUACGAGAAGACAAGGCACGCCUAGGCAUGCUGGGUGAGGUAGAAAUGAAAAGAUUUAGGAAAUCAUUACCACCAGCACAGUCUGUUUCAUCAGAAGAGUUUAGAAAUCUUAUGGAGUCUCCAGACAAGUGGAAGCGACAUACAGUAUUGAGUAGUGAUUCUGGUUACAGUACAACAGAUAGUGUUGAUAAAUGUGGCUGGUCCCCACAGGAAGGCACUGCAGAACCACAGCACCUUAUUGAAAGUAACAACCUUGCAAUACGAGCUGCAGCUGCAGUAUGCAGGGACCAGAGAAUAUAUCCACCACCAUGGGAACCUAGGCGUGAACCACCAGAGCCGCCACAGCGCAUCAACAGCCGGCUGUCGUCAGAAAAACUUGAGAGACCUUCGCCUCCACAAACUUUAACACCAGGGUCGUCAACGUCUUCAAAGUCACAAAUUUCGACUCCUCCUACCCCACCCACUCUGUACCCAAGCAAUCCCCCAACCCCACUUACACCUCCUACGCCACAGGGACCAGGACCCGGUAAGGCGGGGGAUGCCCCAACUAUUCUGGGCACCAGCUUGGAAGAUGAAUUUACAAGGGAAUUACAGCGACAGAAGCAAGAGUAUGAGAACCGUAAAAAGAUUGCGGAACAGUUACGUAUACAGCAGGAGGAAGAGGAUGAGAGGGAACAGCGACGACGUGCUGCACAGCGCAUACAAGAUGAACAGCAAGCGUUACUUAAUAAGCAACGUGAAGAGGCUGAAGAAGCUAAAAGGAGGGAGGAAGAACAUCGUCUGGCUGAGGAGGCACGUAAAGCUGCUGAGGCAGAGGCGAGAAAGGCAGAGGAGGCGAGGCAAAAAGAGGAGGCUCAUCGGGCAGAAGAACUGCGAAGACAAGAAGAAGCGAGGCAACACAAAGCAGAAAAUAAAGUGAUGCGUGCAAGGCGGCAUACCGUUGAUAACUGUCUUAGUUUCUAUUUUAAAACGAACAAUUCUUACAACUACAACAACAGUAACCAUGCAUGGCCGCCACCUCCUUCUCCAAUAGCCAAUCAGCAUGAAGCACGGAAUUCCCCUGUACCAUCGCACAGUGAACCGCGUAGUCCAGUGAGUCCAAACCAACAUACAACAGAUCGGACUAACUUUCAUAAUUAUUCACACACUCCAGCAGGAUAUAGUGAUCAUAUAAGAGCCAGUAGUCAAGGACAUUAUGGACCUGGGCAGACUUAUAGGAGUUCAGGACAACAGAGUCCUGGUCACCAAGGGCAUAGCCCUAGUUUCCAUGGACCGAACCAUAGUGUUCAUGGACAGGCUGGUAGUGGUUCAGGACAGAGUCAUAGUGUUCAUGGACAAAAUCAUAUUCCCCAUGGACAGAGUGCAGUCCACCAGAGGCAUAAUGCAGGACAGUAUGGGCAUGGCGAUACUGGUCAGCAUAGUCCAGGUUAUUCUCCACGCAGCCCUCUGUACCACGGGCAAAGUAAUGAACAAUAUAGGCAAAGUCCGGUCAACAGUUCCUAUAGCCCAACGUACAGUACCUCAAGUCAGGAACAUGCUAGGCAUAGUGCAAAUAGUCAAUAUGUUAACAGUUACAGUCAUUCUGGACCAAGUACACAUCAGUACGGACAGAGUGGACAACGGCAUGUUUCUAGCGAAUUGCACGCUCAGCAAGGUCCAAAUUUACAUCUUUACCAAAAUGUUCCUCGGGUAGUGUCUCCAAAUGAAACAAGUCCGCGAAAUAUCUCCAUAGGGCAAAUGUCAUAUAGGGAACAUUCAAGCCAACAUGCACCAAUGAGUCCGUUGCGUGAACAAGCCGAACCAACACAUUUAGGUCACCAUAGUAACCAAGAGCAUGAUCACCAUGGCCACCAGGAGCAUGGUCGCUAUGGCAACCAGCAUGAUUCUACUAACAGCAUGCCUCUAGAUUCCUACCCACACUACAGGAAACCGACUGUAAGUGCCUCUAACAGUUUCAAAGAGGAGAGGCGACCAGGUGAAGGGAACCAGCCAUACAGGCGGACGGUGUCAGACUCGAACCAGAGGCUGCCGGCCACUAGUCAUCCAAAUCAAAUACAGCAUGGUCAGCCAUUAACUAAUGGACCUAUAGAGGAACAAGUCAGUGUAAACGGAACAACUUCACCUCAUCAACCUGCUGGUGACAGUCUCAAUACAUCAUUUAACUCCACAAAGUCCACCCCACCUCACGGCGCACCAUCAGUCAAUGGUCCAACAGAAGACGGACCAAAAACUCCACAGGGUUCGGGAGUGGCACGGAGAACCAAACCAACAGAAAGGGGCCAGGCACCAGUGUCCAAAGUUUCGAAACCUGCUGCAAGAACACCAGGCCCAGCAACAAGUUCACGGAGUGCUUUACCAACAUCAAAAAGAACAAACCUUAAUCAGGAUGAAGAGAUACGUAAAUCCAGCACCAAUUUGAAAUCUGCAGAUGCAAACAAACCUAAAGCGGACCAGAGGUUACGGUCUAUACAAAAAGAUGCAGUAAAUAAUUAUAUGAACAGGAGAUCAUCAGGAAGCACAAGCAGUGAGGAUGAUAGGAAGAGAUCUACGCCAACCCGAUCCCUUGCAUUACAAAACCCCUCAUCAGCUUCAUCUACAUCAAAACGUUCUGGGACAGGUAUGUCAGGCACCACGCGUACGACCACUACCACCACUGGUGCAAAACGCACUAAUCCCACUUCACGUGUGACGCCCACCACGUCCCAGACUUCACGCCGAAGUCGUCAAAAUUCCACAUCAUCCACAACGUCAGUGUCUUCGACCACCGCUAAAUCUAGUGUAGAUAAAAGUAAAAGAUCGGGAGCAGUGAUGACGAGCGCCCAGGUAAAGAUGUUAGACGACUACAGCAAAGAAGCAAAUAAUCCGAGCUACACGUUACGACGGCAGCAGGAUCACCAAAAGGAGUCUGUAGAACAGAUGGAAAAACUGAGAAAAACUAUAUCAACAAGAUUAAAACGAUCACUGCCAGAGAAUCUUUCGGAGGCGUUAAGUGAUGGGGUAUUGCUGUGCCAUUUAGCCAAUCAGAUUCGACCAAGGUCUGUGGCGAGUGUUCAUGUACCCUCGCCAGCAGUUCCCAAACUGACGCUUCCAAAGUGUAGGAAAAAUGUUGAAAACUUUCUAGAAGCCUGUAGGAAAAUAGGUGUACCAAAGGACCAGAUCUGUGAAUCCAGCGACAUUUUAGCAGAGAAAGGCAUUAACCGUGUAGCUAGCACAGUCGCAGCCCUUGUUGCCAUAGCAACACAUUCAAAACAUCCAGUCCCGUCAAAUGUUUGAUAAACUUACGUAUAAAAUUAUGUGAUAUUAAUGUAGUGAUAUUAUCUAUUAAGACAAAAUGUAACCUGGGCAACAUGUCUCGGUUUUGUCGCUCUAGUAUUAACGUAACCAGAAAUGUGACUUGGUUUCCUAGUAACCAAAAAUUGCCGACGGUCUUUGACAUAAACUUGAAGAAAAUUAAAGACUGUCGCAGGACAGUGCCGUAUUUGACACAAAUGCGAGACAGUAUAUAUUGUUUGAAUGCUGAUUGAUGAAGACUGUAAAAUAGUGCUUUUAUACGAUGCUUUAUAUAAAGAAGUGUUGAAAAAAAAAAAUGUAAACAGACCUAGUUUAAAAGUUUCAUGUAAAUGUGAUGAUGUUAACUGUGAUUAAUCAAGUAUAAAUCCAGCGUUACGACUAAUGGACAUGUGAAACAGUUCCCUAGCAACCAAGCAUUAUUAUGGAUUGUUGGGUUGUUUUUGCACUGGGCAGUGCUAUAUAUUUGACACAAACUCACAAUUCUAUUUAAAGUGUACAUUUCUUCUUAAAUGCCGUGUUAUCAAGACUAUAUGCGCACAUGAAAUAGGGGUUCUUUUCAGAAGCAAAAAAAAGUCUCGAGUCUAGAAAAGUCCUGACAAGUUGCAAAGUGUCGGUCAUUCUAUGUGAUUAUGUAUUCUGUGAUUAAUAUCUACUGUAGUAUGAAACAAAUGUGCUUUAAACCAUAUAUGCAGUAUUUUCGUGCUAAGGUGACUUAACUUAUAUUUGAAAGGAUGGCAGAGAUUGUGAUUAAUAACAAAAACACUUCUUUGUCUUGAAAUGUGAUAAUUUGUGUCGUUUUUGAGACUGUCAUAUUUGAAAACCUGUCAUAUUUGAAAACCUAUAAGAUCCUGAUUGUUGUCAUUUUCGAGUAUCUCCUGUCCUACCCAUAUAUCUGAUUUGAAGUAUAUUCAAUUUGUUGUUUUCCAGUAUAAGCAUUUUAUUAAAAGUCAUACAAUAUUUCGAAAAAGUCAAUUAAGUCUGACUUUAUUUUCGUUGUCAGUCAUUCUACUUUAUGGCGUAAAAUGCUUAUUUGUCUGUUUUGGUCUUUCUGUUUUUCGAUCUACAUGCUUUCGACUUUUAAUCAAGAUUUUCUUAGAAAGACCAUAAGUACAUGGAAAUCUGUACAGGCUUAAUACCUUUUGUGUGAACCGUCAUUUCUGCAGAUCAUUUUCUGUUUUAUUGAGAAAGAAAACAGAAGUAGAUGGAUGUUUAGUUGGACAAGUUAGCGGAGAAAAUUAUAUUAUUAUACACCAGUUGCUGCAAUUAAUUGUGCCUUCUUUGAUUUUGUGUUUCUUUCAAGAUUAUCUUAUAAGUAAUUUUAAGUGUUUUUGCUACUGAUAUGUUUUUAUCAUAUGGUAAACUUGCUACUGAUGUGUUUAGGUAAUAUGGUAAACUUGUUACAAAAUAGCCAUGCAAGGUUAGAUAUUUAGAUAGGAUAGGUUUGAAUGUCUUAAUUUUAACUAACAAAUUGGAACUUGUUAGUAAUUCUAAGAUGGCAUAUUUAUCAUACAAGAGAAAACAUUACCAUGUGAAACAUUCUGCACAAAAUAUGAAAUUAUUUUCCAUUUGGUAUAAUGCAUGAUACUUGUUGGCGAAAAAACAUCUGCAUAUAGAUAAAAUCAGCACAUAUAAGAAAUUAACUUGAUUCAACAUUUUUGUUCUUAAAAUCAGGAACACCAUCAGCUAGAAACAUUUAAACUUCAACUACAGAAAGUUUUGUGGAAAUAAGUACAUAUAUAAUGUAUUUAAGAUGACACUGAAGUUUUGUUUCUAAAAAUGGGUGUUAGAAUGUCUGGGGGACUCCACUUCCAUCAUUUAUUCACAAGCAUCUGUCUUGUGAGGGGACUGACAGGAUUUCAAAAAUAAAUUGCACUUCCAACUUGGCAAGCUGUCAUCCAGCACAGAGUGGUUAGAAAUCGAUGGUACCUGCGAAAUUUAGUGUCAAGUUGGUUUGUUUUAAUGUGAGGAACUGUGAAAUAGUUACACAGAUUAGUAGAUACUGCCAAAAAAAACUGCAAAUUAGUGUCAAGUUUAUCCUGCCAACAAGUAUGUACUUCAGUGCAGUACUUCAAGCAAAGCGUCAAUUUUAAAUAAUUCAACAAAAUCUUAACUAUUGCAUGAAUUAGUCUGCAGAAUAUGUAUGUCUCCUUGUUAAACAAAACCAGUUUUCAUUUCUUAGUAUUGUUUUAAUCUUCAGGCCAGUGUGUCACAGUAUGCUCAAAAUACUUGUAGAAAGAUAUAAAUGGGUGCCAUAUUUACCAAAAUUAUUUUUCAAAAAUUGGAGAACUGUCAUAUCCAGAGUACCAAAAAAAAUGACUCCAUUUUUACUGUUCAGUUCUGUAUGUGCAACUUAUGCAAAGGUCUUGUUUAUUUUAUUUUGAUGAUGUUUGCUCACCAAAAAUUCUCAUUUCAUAUCGUUUUCCCCCCAUGAAUAAAAGGGGAACAUAAUUAUUGUCAGUGUAUUUUCAUAAGGGCAAUCAUAUCUCACUUGUGAUCCUUUCUUGUUCAUGAUUGUAUAUCAUUAUUAUUAGUUGCCAUGGUAACAUUUAUUAUUAUUUCAUUAAUGCCUGUUCUGUUAAUUUUUCAGAUCAUUUAUCUCUUUUUUUUUCGUUCAACUAAGAUUAUUAUGAAUAUUUUUAUCAUAUUCUUAAAUUUAUCAUUCCUAACCUUCUUGUCAUAAUCAUCAUCAUCUUCAUCAACACCAUUACUAUCAUCAGCAUCAUUCAUAUUAUCAUCAUUGUUAUCAUCAAAACCAAAAUAUUUCAUUUUUGUCAUAAACAGUAACUGCCAAUUAUUGUUUUUAUGCAGUUUUGUCUUAGUAAAGCAAAAAACUUUAAUGCCCUACUGGAAAUAUGGUUUUGUGUUUCUAUUAUUUAUACUUGUAAAUACAAAAUGUACAGUCUUACAAGAAAGAACAAUUGUUUAACGAGGAUUUGAUAUGAAUUAGAUAUUUCAUAUUUCUAAUGGAGAGUUUCACAUAGAUAUUGCACACACCUUUUCGUAUUUCUAAUCACCUGUUGUUAAACAGAUUUUCAUUCAUUCCAUUUCAAAUAUUUCAAAAAAAAAAUUUGAUAUAACCAUCUGUUCUGAUCAAGGGGAUUUUUUAGAUAUAGUUAUUUUUUUCUUAACUAAAAUUAUUUUUCUCUGUAUUUGAUUAGAAAAAAGUUUUCUCAUAUUCACUCUUCACUAGAACUUCAUCUUUCUCACUGAAUGAUAUAUUUAACAAUUUCUUCAAGGCAUUUUCAUUACGAUAUAUAAGCUUAAAUGUUCUUCCUGCGUGAUAUAUUUUAUAUUGUAUGGCUUAUAUACGCAUGUCACAGUAUGCCUUACUUAAAUUCUGCUGCCAGCUUCUGUGGUUUGCCUCAAGGUUUAACCCUUAUCAUGCUGGACACGAUUGAUGCUGCCUUUGCAACCAGUGCAGUCUGAUCAUGAUCUGCACUGUUCGCUAUUCAGUCAGUAUCUUUUUUGGUAAGCACCCCUUUUAACAGUUAAUGGUAUUGUCCAAAUUGGGAGAUGGACAAGUUCAUUGUAGAAAUUUAGCAGGGUAAGGGUUAAAGCUGCCUUUUCAAAAUACCAUAUAGGUGUAAUUGCACAGGAACAUCUUUGAGAAAUUACCGUUAUUCAUUUGCAAAACCAUAUGUGAAGUAUUCAGGAUGCGCUCUUGACCCAAGCGUACGAAAAAAUGUCAGAAAGGAAAAGUGAGUGGGGUUUGUCUAUUUGAAAUUCAAGUCAAGAAGGGUAAAAACAGCAUGAUGGAUUUUGUCCACUGUAUCAGAAAUAAAGGGGAGGGGUUUUGCCAGACUCACUCAUGACCUUGCCUUGCCUUUGCUCAAGGUAAAAUUAAAAGAGUUAAAAUGAGAUUUCAGCUGCACUCGAAAAGUUUCAAACCAAAACAGUUCUACUUAGUAUAUAUUAAAGUCGUAUUCUUCAAAGAUUUCUUUGUGGAGACUGUUUUAUUCUUUAGAAUAUACCCCUUCAAAAGUUUUCUUCAAAAAUUCUCUGUAUGUAGGUUUUCCAUUGUCUUCAGUAAGGGUAUGGUGCUGUUAAACCUCACUGAAGAGCACUCGAGUUUAAAAAAGCUGAAUUGCGAAACUACAUGUAGAUUUGCUCCAAUAUAAAGGUGAUCCUAGCUAUUUGUUCCAACUUAUGUACAGUCGAUUCCACUUAUCUGAAUACUGGUUAUUGGAAUAUUCCACUUAUUUGCAUACAAAGUUAAAACACCAAUCAAUCCCUAUAUAUUCCAUUUUAAGUUGUCCUGUACUAGUAAUGCUAGGUACAGUGUAUAUAUUGUAAAUGAACCAGAGUGUAUAAUUUAUUCUGUACAGUAACUGCUAAGCCUUACAUAAUCUCUUCUUUAUUUUAUUUGUAUUUAACAUGCAUCAUGUAUAAAUCAAAAUAUUACAGAAGUUUUAUUUUUACUCUUUAUGUCUUAAUGUUUUUGUUUGUUGGCAUUUUUGCAAGUACUUUUUUGUGUCAGUGAUCAUUUGUGUAUCUGUUGUGAAAACCUAUUACACACACAAAAAAAAGAACUUCUUUUUGCUGAUUGUGAAAUAUUUAAGGUCACACCAAGGUAAUCAGUUGGUUUAAAGUAAUAACAGGGAGAAAGCUAGUAAAAACAGUACAAGAUGAUUGAAUAAAUGUUUUUGUUAAAAUAAUGACUGUAAAUCCUCCAAAUAAAAAUGGUGAUCUUUUUUGCAUUUCUUAUGAUCUCUUGUAGUAGAAUAUAUGAUGAUUAUGAUAGUUCGGCUUUCUUCAGUUUGUAUCAAUAAAAAAAACCUCAACAAGUCGGUAUUUUUACUGUAUGUAGUAUGAAAAUUUACACAUCGGUAAACAUAGGAAAUUAGGAGUCAGUAUCACAAAUCUUGCGAGUCAGUGUAUCACAAAUCUUGCGAGUCAGUGUAUCACAAAUCUUGCCUCUUUUUAAGCAGAUAAUUAGUUUGUAUAGAACUGUGUACAUGUAGCAGUAUUAAUCUAUAAUCUCUCAUUUAGGGACCAAGUUAUCUAUUUCUUAAUAUGCACUUACAGUAUCUUGGGACUAUAUUAGAUAGUAAAAAUGUUACGCCAUUUUCACAAUUUCUUACGACUCUCCCAGUAACCUGUAUACGAGCAAUAAAAAACUUAUACAUAGUGAUUAACAGUUUUGCUUCAGACACUUUGUGCAAUCUCAUUUAAUUGUGAAUUUUUGUGUUCUGAUUUCAUAUGUAUUUCCUCUACAAAUCUGCAUGUUACACAAAAUCUGCUUGGGAUUUUAAUUGAACUUCCUGAAUUAUGAAAAGCAAAAAGGGCUUUAAACAAACAUACAAACCCAGUUUGGGAUGGGUGUGGGGCUGGGUUGUGACUGUUUCUUUUAUUACUAACCGGUUCAUAUAGUUUUAUUUAUUAAUAAUUAGAAUUCCAUUGCGUCAGGGUUUUUUUUCCUUUGAAAAAUAGAGAUAUAGGAAUGAACUGUGACUUGUUUUGUCUAACCAGGAACAUGUCGUUUAACCCUUAUCAUGCUGGGUGUGAUUGAUUCUGCCUUUGUGACCAGUGCAGAUCAUGAUCAGCCUGCACAUCCAUGCAGUCUGAUCAUGAUCUGCACUGUUCGCCAUUCAGUCAGUAUCUUUUUGGUAAGCGCCCCUUUUAACAGUUAAUGGUAUUGUCCAAAUUGAAAGAUGGACAAGGUCAUUAUGGAAAUUUAGCAGGGUAAGGGUUAGAGUAUUAUAAGCAGCAUACAUUUAUAUAAUUACUUGCAGAAUCCUUAAACCACAUCAGUUAACACUAUCUAUAAAACUUUAAUAUUCAUGUAUAGAUUUAUUUCUCCCUGCAUUCAUGAAUGCUGUCAGGCUGAGAAUUUGGCUUGUGUGUUUUGUACAGUUGCUGUUUUGUACAGAAACUAUUUUUCUUGCAGAUCUCUAAAACUUAAAUUUUGAAAUUUGUUUCUUUCAGGAAUGGUAAAAAUUUCAUCUAAAAUUGACAGAAUCUCUAUUCUAGAGCAUUUGUAAACAGAGAUUGCUUUUAUCUUCAAUAUUCUAUCACCAAACGUUGAGAAACCUUUAGCUUAAUUAAAGGCACAAUUGAUAUAUAUUUAUGCUUCGCAGUCACCGAUCUUCCAUUAUGCGUUAUUGUUGUUCUCUUCCUCUACCUGCCAUGUCAUUGUUCUUGCUAAAAGUAAAACAUUUCAUACAAUAUGACUGAUGAUAUAAAACAAUAUAAAAUCCA